AUGGUUGACGUAAUGUUUUCCUUUCGCACGUCCGCGUCCUCGACUUUUCCUAUAUGCAAGCUCUUGGCCUUAUCUGCGCAGCCAUUAGAACCCAACCUUUCUUUUGCUAUUUAUCAGUUGGAAACAGUCACCUGCCGGGAGAGCAUCAAAGUAACAGAUACCGCUCGUGAUUACGUUCAGUAUCGUUCUCUUUGCAGAGGAAUCCCCCACGUCCGUGUGGUUUUGAUUGUCACUGCAAAUGUCGGUGAAAAGUUCGCCUAUGAACUGUUCAGGGCAUUUGCGACUAAUUUCGGGAAUGCUGUCGCACUCUCCAAUUCCUAUUCUAAGCGGGAUAGAAGGCGCGACGACUCGACCAUUGCUCGGCAUUUUCAAUGGCCAACACUGAAUUUUGUCCAGCCAACUCGAGGAACAAGUAUACAAGUGGCGGACGGCGGACGGAUAGCUAGCGACGACGACGUUCAUAUGAGUGACCGUACUGAUAGUACAGCCCUAGGCAACUUUCCCCGCCUCCCCGCUAAUAUCGAGCUUAGACGCGCCGAGGCUUCCCUCCCUUCGACGAGGACGAGUUUAUAUAACCACAGACACUUGCAGAAUUAUUCAGAGACUUAGCCUUCACGAGUGCGACGUGUAUGAAUACCAGCAACCAGCAACGGUGCCAAUUCGACCUGCAAAACCGUUCAGUCUGGUAUAUUCUAUCGUGCAAGGAACGUCCACAUCGUAGUGUAAGCAAGAAUGAAUGCUGAAUUAUCGAGAAUC